AUGGCCGGCACCAUGAGGGGGCUCCUGGAGGCCGCGUCCAUGGCCUUCAUGAUCAGCGCCAACAUGGACAGGGGCGACCCCGACUUCCAGAUCGAGGCGGCCAUCAGCAAAAUCUUCGGCUCCGAGGCCGCCUGGGCCGUGGCUGACGAGUGCAUCCAGGUCAUGGGGGGCAUGGGCUUCAUGCAGGAGCCGGGCGUGGAGCGGGUGCUGCGCGAUUUGAGGAUUUUCCGCAUUUUCGAGGGAACCAACGACAUCCUGAGGCUCUUCGUGGCCCUGCAGGGCUUCCAGACGCUGGGGGCGCAGCUGCGGGGGGUGCAGGCGGCGCUCAGGGACCCCCUGGGCAACGUGGGCGUCCUCACCGGGGAAGGUGCCGGCGGCGCAGGUGACCCCGGAUCACCCUGA